AUGGCGUACAAUUAUAAUAUCGAAGAGAUACCGCCCGACGAUGUUCCCACUGUGGAACAUGAUAUACGACGAGCUAAAAAGUUCCUUCAAAAACACAGUCCAGAAUCAGGUGAUAGUCUGUACGAUCACUUGACAGAAGUGUUGGCCAAAAUACUCACUGAGAGACCGAAAAACGCAGUAGAUAUUUUCGAGGAAUUUAGCAGAAAAGUAAAAGAGGAGAGAUUCAAAACUAAAUCCAGUCAUCUUCGAGACAUGUACGUUCCACCGACUCAGUUCGAGCAUGCGAAAAAAAUCAUCAAACUAUUCAAGAAACUAGAAAAAUUCUAUGAAACUAUAGGAGAAAAAAUCGAAGAAGAUAUUGAAGAAGAUGAAGAUAAAAAGAAGAAAAUACCAAAUAUGUUAGAUUUUUUGUUUUAUUUCGAGCAAACUGGCAUAGGAUUACCUCGUAGAGAAUUGGUGUUGCUUAAUUUGUCUAUAAGGGAACUCAUGGCUGAGAAUCCUAUAGAAAAUGUCAGAUUUUGGGGAAAAAUUCUCGGAAUUCCGAAAAAUUAUUACAUAGUGGAAGCAGAUUUACAACCAGAGGAACUAAAUUUAAGAGUAGAGAAAAUGGCGGAAGAAGAGGAACGGAGACGUCAAGAAAAGCAAGCGAAAGCGGAAGAAGCGGCAAAAGCCGAAAAACAAGCUGUUGAAGACAUGGAAGGAGCGACACAGGAAACGGGGAAAACAGAGGAAGAAGCGGCACCCGAGGGCUUGAAGCUCGUCUUUCCGCCUCUACCUACUCGUACAUGGAUACCACCACCGGAAAUACCUUCAGAGAAACUCGGAACUGGCACAAAUACCAAAGUAUAUUUUGUAUGCAACGAGCCCGGUUUGGACAAGUGGAUCGAACUGCCACCGGUUACACCGCAGCAGAUAGUAAUUGCACGAUACAUUGUUCGUUAUUGCACAGGAAAUUUAGAAACACCAAUUCACACUUUCCCACCAUUUCCUGGUACGGAAAAGAAUUAUCUUCGUGCGCAAAUAGCCAGGAUUAGUUCGACUACCCAAGUUUCGCCGAUUGGGUUCUACACUUUUGGCAUAGGGGACGAGGAAGAAGAGGUAAUGGAGGAAAUGGCAGAAGGUGGAGUAUUGUCUGAGAACGUGAAUUAUGAUCCGUUGCCUAUUAAAGAUUUGAUAGACCCUUCUAUGUCGAACUGGUGUCAUCAUAUGCCCUAUAUUUUGAAACAAGGUCGUAUUGAAUGGUGGAGUCCACGGAAACAGGAAGAAGUAAAAAUAGGUGAAGAAGAAGAGGAAGAAGAAGAAAAAGAAGAGAAGGAGGUUGGACCUCCGCUUUUGACACCUUUGUCGGAAGAUGCUAUAAUAGACUCGAUAAUACCGUGGGGUACUUCAUUAUCUUCCCGUGUCCAACCUGAUCAGGCGGUCGCAUUAAUUAGAUCAAACAUUUGGCCUGGAGCGUAUGCUUUUGCCUCCGGAAGGCGUUGCGCUAACGUGUACAUUGGUUGGGGUCACAAAUACACGGCGUACAAUUACAGCCCUCAGUCUAUGCCACCUGUACAGGAUCAGUAUAAAAUCGGUCCUGAGAUUAUGGAAAUUCAGGAUCCAACCUUCGAACAAGAAGAGGCCUUUAGAAUUGCUCAUUUACCGCCUCCACCUGUUAUACCGACAGAAGAAGAAGAAGAAGGUGUAGAAGAGGAAGAAGAAGAAGAAGAAGAAGAGGACGAAUAA